AUGCAUGCUGUCUGGAGACGACAGAACGAACAAGACGACAGGCUGAGCCAUUGAAAAAAACAACAUCAUCAACCACGGGGCGUGACGUCUGAUCUUGGACGAGUCACCACACCCCGGACAUGGAAAUAACCCGCUCCCACCUUAUCAUGUCACGUGCUUCUUUAACGACGGCGUUUGGGGGGGUUAACAAGCGGCUGAGCGGUAUCAGCCCGGAACGGCGUUCGCAUGGAUGGCGGGCCACAUUUGAUUUCUGGUGGACAAAAGGGGAGUUGGCCCUCGCGGCCGAGGGCGGCAACACUACGGGAUGAGGGCGGUUCGGUAGCUCAUCUCUGGUUUAUGCGCCGCGGUGUCUUUUGAGUAUUAAUCAAUCGAUCGCGGAGACGACUGAUGUUGGGAUAUGACACGGAGGGCGACGGGGCGGCUGGCAUCCAACGGCGUCUGUCGGAGCACGAUAUUCAUCAUCGUGCAUUUUCUUUGGCAGGGGAAGAUAUGGUUGGAGGCCCUCCGUCCGGGGUUAGGAGGAGGAGCGUUUGUCGUCGGUCGACUGACAAAGCCAAGAUAUUGCUUCUUGGCGCCCGAACUCAAAACGGAGGUUUCGACAUGAUCCGUUACGCAUUCUACGCCUAUGCCCUGCUUCUUGCGAAAAGGCAGACUCGACGAACGACCGCAGAAAUACCCGAGUAUCAUUAUGCUUGGUUCGGUUCUCUUGGACCCAUCCUGGCCCAGCUUAUUGAGUGUCUCGUCUGCCUUGAGCGUGGACACAGGCCUCAAGGGUGUGUCGGCUCAGUUUGGUGUUGUUGGGAGAGCGAGCGGCCUCUUUUGGUACUCACAUCAACAAGAAAAUAACGCAGAAAACCCGUUUUGGGAGAGAAUCGCUGGAUGUGCUAGAAGGCUUUCGGACUGGUGU